UUUCUCGACAAUAAAAUGAAAGCGAAAGUAGGAAAGAUUAUUUACAUUUUCCCAAGGUGACCAGGGGAUUUACGUUUCAAGUCUUUAUUUAUUGGGGAAUCCACGAUCUUUCGUCAGCAGACGGAAAUCCAACUCGGAUCAGGUUGAAGUGACUGUUUUAACACAACUUUAUAGUUCCAGUGUUUUUGUGGUUUUGUUGAUAUGUCGACCUUGUGCUAGUUUUAGACGUAAUGGUUCAAAAGCAGUAUUUAUUCAAGAUCAAAGCCAAUACAAAGGACCUGAAAUUCAAGAAAUAAUACCACUAAUUGCAGACCAAUAUUAAGGAUGGGUGAUUGGGAAAUUAUUUCCGACAAAGAAGUAAAAGAACUACGCAAAAUGGUGGAAGAUACUGGAGUACAAAAUCUGCCUAAUUAUAUUUACCAGAAAGCCAAAGAAUGGAAAGAAGUUAAAAUCCAUAUUGCAGUUCUUGGAGAAACGUAUGUUGGAAAAUCAACCUUCAUUAACCAACUACGUGGUGUCGAAGAAUGGGAUAAGACAUAUGCUCCCGUUGGGUUAGGAGACACUACAUUGGAGCCUAAAGCAUACGAAAACCCAUACAACAAGAACAUGGUCUUUUGGGAUUUGCCUGGUGUGGGUACUUUGAAAUAUUCUAAAGAAGAAAGCUACUUUAGAACAAUUAACAUUGAGAGGUACGACUUUUUUAUUUUAAUGUCUGAUCAAUGUUUUUCGGAAAACGAUGCAUGGCUGGCAAGAGAAAUUCGAAAACGAGGCAAGCCGUUUUUCUUCGUUAGGUCCAAACUGGACGACGAUUUAAGAAGUGCAGAGCAUGAUCGUCAAUGUAUUUAUGAGGUUCUACCAAGAAUACAUAAAAGCUGUAUAGACAACCUAAGAAAAGCUAAUUUUCGGGAGCCAAACAUUUUUAUCAUUUCGAACUAUGACCAUGAAAUUGGCCAGUUCGAUGACUUAAUGGUUGCAAUUUUUCACUCCUUGCCAGAUUUAAAAAAAGAGGCCAUGAUUUUAUCGAUUGGGCCACUCACACACCAGAUAAUCCGAGAAAAAAAGAAAGCACUCCACGAUAGAGUUUUUAAAAUUGCAGUCAUAUCCGCUGGAGCGGCGGCUAUUCCACUUCCGGGCGUAGAUGUUGCGGUUGAUUUUGCAAUUAUAACAUAUGAAAUCCAUUUCUACAUGACCGAGUUUGGUCUCGAUGAAGAAUCCUUAAUGCAUCUAUGUAAGAAAACGAAAACGAAGUAUGAUCAAAUAACUGAAUCUUUGAAACAUUCAAAAUCUCUCCUGACUGGAAAGAGUACACUUCGAACCCUGUUCAUGAAGAUUGUGAAGACACAAGCAGCAGAGCAAGUAGGCGGUAGAUUUGCUAAGUAUAUACCUGUAAUAGGGAGUAUUAUAUCAAGUUGUGUGGCUUACGGUUUUUGUGUUAAUUUUCUGAGAAGUGAAAUUGAUCUAUUGGAGGAAGAUGCACAUACUCUUGUAAACAUCGUCAUAGAUAAAAACAAAAAACUGUAAAAAAAUGUACAGAAAGUGACGGUUUGUUUUUAACAAUUUCCUGUCUUUAAGGUCAUGCAAUCAUGUUUAACCAAUGUCAAUAAAUGUAAAAAACAGUUAUCAUACGCUGAUGUUCCUGCUAAAUUAAAUAGAAGGUUAAAUAUAAAAUAACUUGAUAUAGAUUGUUUGUUGGGUGAUUUGUUAUUUUUUUAAACGAUCAUGGAUAGAUGUUGUUUAACUUUCAACGGUAUAUCAAAGGCAUAUCCGGGACGUUAUUGCGAGAUGCGAUUUAUAUAAGCUGGGAAGGUACGUCUUUACACAGUGAAUACAUUAUUUAAUUUAAUUGUUUAAAAAAAAAUCUGAUAUGUUAUGAUCGUCAUUUUUAUUGGAUUUUUUAUUUCAGUUAUUCUCCAUCGUAUUAAUUCAUUAGUUGUGUUCAUAAACUUUAUUUUUGCAAUUGGUUAUAAUUGCGAACAAAUGUGAAGCAGGGUUCAGAACAUUUUGCCCAUUGAUUCAGUACUUAGUCUAACCUCAGACUUUAAUGUUGCAAUAAUUGUUUUUCAUCUUUUUUUCUUUUUUGAAAGAAUUUUUACCUUUUUUCUGUGUUAUUAUUCACAAAUUAUCUCAACGUUGAUUGUACAUAUAUUAAGCUUUCCAAAUGACAAGCAAUCUGUGAUUCCUUUUAUCUUAGUCAA